AAAACCAAAAUCUGGGAAUCCGGGAAUCCAGGAGCCGAUGGGUAGGAAACGGGCAAAUCGUCCGACAAGACUACUGUACCGUUCUAGCUCUCGUGAUGAGCUUUACGAUAAUGACCAGGUAGGGUUGUGUUGUGUUCGGCAGACACAAAAUUCCCCGCUGGUGCUUGCUGGUGCUCGGUGGUGCUCGGUGGUCAGUUUGCGAGACAGAAGUGCCCCAUCAUGUCGACGUCUUUUCACCGCGCAUCAAGACCCGAAUCCUCCAAUCCUGCGUUGGCUUUGGCGCAGCAUGACUCGGCUCCACGAUCAAGAGGAAUUGGCCAGGCUAAAUGCGAUGAUGCAUUUCCAAAAAGUAUGAUGGUAACUCUUUGAAGUGCCUAACCAUGGUCUUGUGAGACCACCCAGUGGAGGAGCUACAUGAUUUGCAGACCUGGGGUGGGGGAAUUGGGUGAAGAAUGGCCAAAAGAUGGUGAAAGGAAGGGGGAAACGGUCAAAAGAUUCGCCGAGUAGACAUGGUCAAGUAAAGUUGGUAUACCGUUGUCUUUGGGAACGCGUGUGCCGCGGGGAUCUGCUGGGGCGUUGAUCCGUUCAGAGGACGCAAAUUUACCCAGGCGAGCACGUCUCUUCACCGCC